AUUGUGAGGUGACCCUGCUGCUUACUUCCGGUUCCUAGGGAUGCGCGUCCGGGUCACGCUAACACCGCGGUUUCCUCCACUCUGUUGGUUCUACUCUGGGUCUGGGCCGGUCCCCAUGUCUUACUGUGGGACUUCUGCAGCCUUUGGGGUAUAUAAAGCUUCGAAUCCCCCUCUCGAACAGAUUGUGAAGACUGCAGAAAGAGAGUUGGAAUCCAGUUACACAAGUAUAAUAAAGAAAUAUCGGUCUUCAUGGAAGAAGAACAAGAUUUACCAGAGCAACCAAUGAAAAAAGCCAAGAUGCAGGAACCGGGAGAACAAACUUUAAGUCAAGUAAGCAGCCCAGACGUCAGUGAUCAGAAACCUGAAACAUCAAGCCUUGCUGCAAACCUUACCAUGUCAGAGGAAAUUAUGACGUGCACCGAUUACAUCCCUCGCUCAUCCAAUGAUUAUACCUCACAAAUGUAUUCUGCAAAACCUUAUGCACAUAUCCUCUCAGUUCCUGUUUCGGAAACUGCUUACCCUGGGCAGACUCAGUACCAGACACUACAGCAGCCUCAACCCUAUGCUGUCUACCCUCAGGCAACACAAACGUAUGGACUACCUCCUUUUGGUGCAUUGUGGCCAGGUAUGAAACCUGAAAGUGGUUUAAUUCAGACUCCAUCUCCAAGUCAACACAGUGUUCUUACCUGCACUACAGGGUUAACCACAAGCCAGCCCAGCCCAGCACAUUAUUCUUACCCCAUUCAAGCUUCAAGCACAAAUGCCAGCCUGAUCUCCACUUCCUCCACAAUUGCCAAUAUUCCAGCAGCAGCAGUCGCCAGCAUCUCAAACCAGGACUAUCCCACAUAUACUAUUCUUGGUCAGAAUCAAUACCAGGCCUGCUACCCCAGCUCCAGCUUUGGAGUCACCGGCCAGACUAAUAGUGAUGCUCACAAUUCCACACUAGCAGCUACCACCUACCAGACAGAGAAGCCUAGUGUCAUGGUAUCCGCACCAGCAACACAGAGACUUUCUGGAGACCCUUCUACAAGCCCAUCCUUGUCCCAGACUACACCAAGUAAGGAUGCUGAUGAUCAGUCCAGGAAAAACAUGACUGGCAAGAACCGGGGCAAGAGGAAAGCUGAUGCCAGUUCUUCCCAGGACAGUGAAUUGGAACGGGUAUUUCUGUGGGACUUGGAUGAAACCAUCAUCAUCUUCCAUUCCCUUCUUACUGGUUCCUAUGCCCAGAAGUAUGGAAAGGACCCAACAGUAGUGAUUGGCUCAGGUUUAUCAAUGGAAGAAAUGAUUUUUGAAGUGGCUGAUACACAUCUAUUUUUCAACGACUUAGAGGAAUGUGACCAGGUACAUGUGGAAGAUGUGGCUUCAGAUGACAAUGGCCAAGACCUGAGCAACUAUAGUUUCUCAACAGAUGGUUUCAGUGGUUCUGGCAGCAGCGGUAGCCAUGGCUCCUCUGUGGGCGUCCAGGGCGGUGUGGACUGGAUGAGGAAACUGGCUUUCCGUUACCGGAAAGUGAGAGAGAUCUACGAUAAGCAUAAGAGCAAUGUGGGUGGCCUCCUCAGUCCCCAGAGAAAAGAAGCACUGCAAAGAUUAAGAGCAGAAAUUGAAGUUUUAACAGAUUCCUGGUUAGGAACUGCCUUAAAAUCCUUACUUCUGAUCCAAUCCAGAAAGAAUUGUGUGAAUGUUCUGAUCACUACCACCCAACUGGUUCCAGCCCUGGCCAAGGUUCUCCUAUAUGGACUAGGAGAAAUAUUUCCUAUUGAAAACAUCUAUAGUGCUACCAAAAUUGGUAAAGAGAGCUGCUUUGAGAGAAUUGUGUCAAGGUUUGGAAAGAAAGUCACAUAUGUAGUGAUUGGAGAUGGACGAGAUGAAGAAAUUGCAGCCAAACAGCACAACAUGCCUUUCUGGAGGAUCACAAACCACGGAGACCUAGUGUCCCUUCACCAGGCUUUGGAGCUUGAUUUUCUUUAAGAACUGGAAUGAAGAGCCUUCCUCGUGAGCUCCUUUCCACUCCUGAAGGGAGCCAGAGGCCAAAACCAACUGGGAACUUGAAACACUCUGCCCUGCCCUUUCCUUUCUCCCUCCUCCUCUCUUUCUCUCACCCACCACUUCCCCCACUUCCUUCUCUCCGUGGAAUGCUGGCGAGAAUACAAUCAGAACCAACAGCUACAAUUUUUGCUAAGAGUGAACCACAGCUCAGUGUUCAUCCAUGUACAGAUGCUGGGAACAUUUGGAUAGAGACAACAGUAGACUUAAUGCACCUACAGUGCUUUUAAUUCUUCUGUGCUUUGUUUCCAAAAAAUGAAGAAAAUGAAAAGGAAACUCUUGGGGUAGAGUUGGACUCUUAGUCAGUGACCAGCCUCUUAACCCAUGAUGAUAGAAGUGCAGCAGAGUUUUAUAAGAACACCUCCUAUUUCCUGAAGUCUCUUAAGAUCUCCUUAGCUGUAACACUUCUUUCCAAGGAAUGUGUGUUAUUUUUAUAGGUAAGGGUCUGGUCUCUGAAGCAAGUCUUUCCCCCUUUUCUUUUUCUAGCAAGAAAAGGGCAUAGAAAGUUUCUGUGGAAAUAGUAAAUGACGUUUUGGAAAUA